CUGCUCCCGCCUCCUCCUGCAGCCCUGCCUGACUGCUCAUCAAUAAGCUGUAUUAGCCCAUCACUAAUCAUAUUGCGAGCGACAGAGAGUGAGAGAGCAGGGCAGCCAGACUUUGUGUGCAUCAUCAGUGUGUGUGUGUGUGUGUUUGCGGAGGGAGGAGGAAGGAGGGAGGGAGUGGUGUAUCCUAGCGGGGAGCUUUUCCCUGUUGUAGUAACCAACCGCACGCCGGCUGCCAGCCAUUACUUCACUGCAGCAGCAAUCAGCCCUUUCGUAUUUAGUGAGCCAGACACACUAACCUGUCUGUCCCCUCCUCUUUUCUCUCUCUGCAUAUUCAGCAGAGCUGCCCUCCUCUCCUCCUCAUCACUCUGCCACUCCUGCGGCGUUGCUCUCUGCUUGAAGGGGACACUGGCCUGCUCCUCACCCACUGAUUCUGCAUGACUGUCACAAAGAUGUCAUGGCGUCCGACCUACCGAAGCUCCAAGUUUCGAAAUGUCUACGGAAAAGUGGGCAACCGGGAGCACUGCUUCGACGGGUUCCCCAUCACCAAGAACGUCCAUGACAACCACUUCUGUGCCGUCAACUCCAAGUUCCUGGCAGUCGUCACCGAGAGUGCCGGCGGGGGCUCUUUCAUCGUUAUACCUGUAGCCCAGUCUGGCCGCCUGGAUUCUCAUUACCCAAAAGUGUGUGGCCACCAAGGCAAAGUACUGGAUAUCAAGUGGAAUCCCUUCUUUGAAAACAUCAUAGCAUCCUGCUCGGAGGACACCUCGGUGCGACUAUGGGAGAUCCCGGAGGGCGGCCUGAGACGCAACAUGACGGAGGCGGUGCUGGAGCUGUACGGCCACAGCAGGCGGGUGGGUGUGAUCGAGUGGCACCCCACCAGCAGCGGCAUCCUCUUCAGCGCUGGCUACGACUACAAGAUCCUGAUCUGGAACCUGGAGAUCGGAGAGCCGGUGAAGAUGAUCGACUGCCACACUGACGUCAUCCUCAGCAUGUCCUUCAACACAGACGGCAGCCUGCUGGCCACCAGCUGCAAAGACAAGAAGCUGCGAGUCAUUGAGCCGCGCUCCGGGGCGGUCCUUCAGCAAGCCAGUUAUAAGAAUCACCGCGUAAACCGAGUGGUGUUCGUGGGCAACAUGAAGCGACUGCUCACCACAGGGGUUUCACGCUGGAACACCCGGCAGAUCGCUCUCUGGGAUCAGGAGGAUUUGUCCAUGCCAAUUGUGGAGGAGGACAUCGACGGCCUCUCAGGACUGUUGUUUCCCUUCUACGAUGCCGACACACACAUGUUGUACCUGGCAGGAAAGGGGGACGGCAACAUCCGCUACUUUGAGAUUACCACAGAGAAGCCGUACUUACAAUACCUGAUGGAGUUCCGGUCUCCGACCCCACAGAAAGGACUCGGUGUGAUGCCGAAGCACGGGCUGGAAGUGGGGGCUUGCGAGGUGUUCCGCUUCUACAAGCUCGUCACCCUGAAGGGUUUGAUUGAGCCCAUUUCCAUGAUUGUGCCAAGAAGGUCAGACACAUACCAGGAGGACAUCUACCCCAUGACACCAGGAACAGAACCGGCCAUGUCUGCAAGUGAAUGGCUGAGCGGCAUUAAUAGAGACCCAGUCUUGAUGUCCCUGAAGGAGGGUUACCAGCGGCCAAACCAGUUAGUGUUCAAGGCUCCAGUGAAGGAAAAGAAGAGUGUGGUGGUGAACGGCAUCGACCUGCUGGAGAACGUACCACCCAGGACAGAGAACGAGCUCCUGAAGAUGUUCUUCCGGCAGCAGGAAGAACUGCGGCGGCUGAAGGAGGAGCUGACCACCAAGGACGUGCGAAUACGCCAGCUGGAGCUGGAGCUCAACAACCUGAAGAACGUUAGCCCCAACAACGUCUGACCUCUCAGCCUCCUGGACUGACAAAGCUGCUCCCUUUGCCCCCCCCGACUCUGACCUCCAACAAGCUUCUGAGCCCUCCUAUGCCUCUUUUUUGAUAUAUCAUAACUUCAUUCCUGCUGCCCUGCGUAGUGCACACAAUAAUAUGAUAAGUGUUGGAUAAUGUCUUAACUGAUGCAAUUACUGGAAUAUUGUAAUAAUGACAAAGAUGAUAAGUAAUGGAGGCAAGGCAGUAUUCAUGGAUUUAACAAGAAAUCAAUUUGAGAUCCAAUCCAUUUAGGUAUUAUCUAUGUUUUUACAACUUGUUCUCGAUCUAGCACUCUCUCUAGUGUUAUGAUCUGCUUAUUUUCUGCCAGACCUCUUGAGUGUUUGUCUCACUGUGCCUACCCUAUCAUUCAAUACCUUGAUCUCCAUUCAAAAAAGCCCCCACACUCAUCCUCCUAUAACGACCAAACCACCACCUAAUCCUCAUUUUUUGCUGAGGCAAAACUGGAGGAUAAAAAGACUGUCACCGGCUCCUACUUUCCUUCCACAAGGCCUUACACCCUGCUGCAGACACAGUUUGCGGCGAGCUGCAACAUCAUCUCAAAAUGGUUGACACGUGAAGUACUUUUGCACCCGACAGACGAGACGAGCUUUGGAUCAUGUUUUUUUCACAGAGCUGCUUAUCCCGUAGCUUCUUUUCUCAACUCCAGAUGUUGCUGGCUAUAAAUUGACUGGGUGGAUAGUUCACUCACCAUCUUUAAGUAUGUUAUUCUUUAUUUAAAUAGUGGGAAAGCAGCAGAGGAGACGUGGAUCCAGAGGUGAUGGACUAACUCAAACAUAGUCUCAAGGGAAGCUUUGCUGGCUGUAAUUGGUUUUUAGGGCUAAUUUUGAGGAGGGGGGGGGGGGGGGGGUGAUGUAUAUUUGCUUCUAUUUAUUUGUCACAUUUUACCUUUUUAGCUAAUAACAUGUAUAUUUGUUAAUCCCAUUGUUUUUGUAUGAUAUGGCUGCGCAAGUAAUGAUUGUGAUGCUUGAUAGACCUUUGCUGAAUGUUUCCGAUUGAAAUGGUGCAAGAUAUGUGUGAAACCGUACCUUAUAUGGUAUUUGACUCCAACAACAUAACUUCAGAUAAGGUAAAAAAAAAUAUAUAGAAUCUUGCCUUUUCCUAACAAUGCAGAAAACUGUAAUAAUAAUAACCCUCCUUUUACAUUUAAACUAAGUAUAUCACUAUUAGUGAGAUGUGUUAACUGUAGAUGUGUAAUUUUGCUCUAGAGACUCCAGGUCAUCUGCCUCUCCUCCUCCUCUUGUGCCACCAACAGACUUAGUCUAAUAUGCAGUUUAAAUACCUCUUUUACCAUUUAACAGCAUUGGGUGCUGGAUUAGUAUUUCAUUGGUUCUAUCAGUUGGCAAAAUAGAUUCUGCUAAACAUGCCAUGUGUCUUUUAAUCCAGGCCCAAACCUCGUUUUAUUACCGAUUCUGCUCUCGAUGGACUAAGAAAAGGAAAAGAUGAAUCGGCUGCAUGAAUAGCAAGAAUGGAGUUUGUACCCCGAGUAAGUCAAAAGUGAAAUGAAGGUCACAAGUCUACCCUGAUCACAUUGUAAUGGGGACAUAAAGGGUCCAAAGCUUUAUAGCUUCUGUUAGAAAAACAAACAUAUGGACCCUUUAAAUGUAGACUUGAACCACUGACACAAUAAUGGUAAAUACGUAUGUUUUUUGCAGGAAAAAUAAAAGGCUACAGUGAAAGUAGACAGUGGGAUCUACCAGAAAGGGAUCAGCUACAGUGGAGAGACAGUUGGGCUGGAGUUGUGUUACGUCAGGGCUUCUCGUGUAGGUGUACAGAGGACUAAAACCAACCACUCAACUGGUAAAUCUUUGGGAAGGUAGGAGAACAGGACAGAAAGGCUUUUAAAAUGACUGAAACCCUGUAUGUACAGUUGUUGAAUGGAUGUUGAAUUUGGACAGACAAGCGUUACCAUGGCAGUUCCUCUGAAUUUGUUUGGCACCAUUUCACUUUUUUGACAAGAAGUAAACCCUGACUUAAAUCUGCUUAGUUUGGUCUUUUGUAGUAAAUUUGGUUCGAUAUAGAAUAACAGUUCCACAUGUCACUCUGCUGAAAAAUGCAUCCGAGAUCAGUUUUCCAUCAUCAUCAAUAUCUGAUGACCUAAAACUGGAAUCCUGUAUCGGGAAAGGGAAUCGUGGAGAAUUCUGGGUCACGCCGGCAUUUUUGGAGGGUAGCGUACGGCGCUACGGUAGACAUUGUUAUUAUAUAUCACUGGUCUAUUCAUCUGUCAUCUGUCAAUCGUUCAUCAUCAGAAUUGUACAAAAUACAUGCGAAAGACAAAUACCCAUAUAAAGAGAAGCUGACAGAGGAAAAGGGGCGAUAUAUUACAAAAUUUAAGUUAGUUAACGAUAUUGAUUAUUACGAAUUAGGAGCAUCAUGACAGUUUGUCACCCAUUAUGGCUACUGAUGUGUUUUGGUGUUAGUGAUCACCUGUCAGCAGUUCAAUAUAUGUCGAUUUUUGGAGGCCGAUGCCCUUUACAAAUGGGUAUGUAUAUGACAUUAAGAUCUACAGGGCAAAAUGCCAACUACACAAUCAUCCAGACAAAGAUAAGCCAUCUAAUAUUAUGCUAAUAGAAAAUUAACAAUACUGCAUAUUUAAUCUACCAGUAUCUUGCAAAAUGAAACCCAUAACAUAAGACUACCUUUGUGUCUGACUGUAAACUAUAUACUGUAUACUACAUUUCGCCUUUUGAAUCUAAUCCACUGUGUAGUGUUUUGUGUUAGCUUUUGACACCUGCUGCAAACAGCCAGCAGAUGGCACUCUUACCCUUUAUCCUCCAAAAAUGGCCAAUGGCUGUUGGUGACGCCAUAUUCCCAUUCCCUAUUGAGAGGUGAAGUCCCGCCCUUCCGGUGAACCACCAUGGGACCUUAUUUCGGAAAAAAUAUGAACCGUAGUCAACGGCGAGAGACAAAUAUUUUUUUGAUCCUGUUUGAAUUGUGCCAUGAAUCACACAUGAUAUUUGUCAAUUUGAAUCAUAAUUCUGCAAGUCAAGAAAGUCAGUUUGUUGUAAAACUGGGACUGUCAGACUGGGAAAAUACUUAAUUAGCAAGACUACACACCCAAAAGUCGUGCAAGUGACGUCUCUCUCUGAAGCUACGAUGUCUGUGUGUUUCGUACUGGGAUGUACUCACACGAGCAACGGGGCUUACUCGUUCUUUCGCUUCCCGGCUGAUAAAAAGACCAGGAGUCGCUUGAUAAAACACAUCAGGUCAGAUAACGUUUAAUUUGUGUGUGGUCAUAGCUACGUUAGUGUUGGUGACGUACUGUAUAUUGUGCGAGACCAGAGAUGUAGUUCACUGAGCGGUUUCAAACAAAACUAAAUGAUACCACGAUAAACAAACAACAAACUGCGACUUUCUUGACUUGCAAAAUUAUGCUUUAAAUUGACAAGCAUCAUACUGUAUGUGUGAUUCACGUGAUCCACAGGAGGGGGGCGGGACUUUGCCUCUCUAUACACUUUACCAUUUGACUUGACUAAUGUUGAACAAGGACCACAAACUUCAAAACAUAUAUAAAAGGGAUUUAUUGAAGUGAAUGGGAGGGAAAAAAGAAACAAUUUGGCUGAUGACAGUGGAUUUAACAUGGAGUGAAAAAUCACUGAGGUAGGCCAAUUUGACCGGUACGUAUAAUAGUGAAAACAAAGUCCAAAUAACUGACCAGAGUUUUCCAGAGAUUACACUUUGAAACAAUAAAUUUUCAAUGCACAUAAGUUGCGGCUGUAACCUCCAUUUAUAUCAAGUACUUCUCUACACUACCACCACAAAUUCAAACAUUGCCACCCGUGUGUCACAGAAAAAGAAACAUGGAAAAAGCGAUAAUGAGUUCUGAUGUUGAACAUUUCUCUUUAUGGAAAGAUUAUGCAUACAAAGUUAUGUUCAAAUUCCAAGAAAUUUCACACUGCGUAUUUUAGAUAAAGCAGCAUACAUAUUUAAUAUCUUAUUACAAUUCAUAGUUUCAACUCCGUUGUCUGUUCAAUGUCUGCCGUCAUCAAAGAGAAUACAAAAAAAUAGAUUUGGUCAUUAUUUACAAGAACACGUAAUUUCCGAACUAUCAAAGCUGAGGGUUUAAGGAGGAGGAGCGGCUUUGACAAGGGCAGACAUUUUUUUGCUAUGAUUUAAAAAUAUGCCCUGUGAGGGUCACACUGUGCAUGUUCAGACAGAAGUUUCACACCAGGACAGCAGAGAGUAUUGGCAUACUGGUGACACUACAAAUACAUAACUUACAUUUAAAAAAAAAAAAAAA